AUGGAAGACACUAAGAGUCGACGUUUAAGCCCGGUUCUACGCGAAGAGCGUGACCUCCCCAACAGCUCCAGCCAGGUUGGAACACUUACAGAAACUCAACAGAGACUUAUUGAUAGCAUUGGCAACAGACAACUAGCGAGUCGUCUCCACAAACGCACACUGAGAAUUUUCACAAGGGAAGAGCGGUUAGAGGCUAUUGAGUUCUACCGGACACAUGUGCAUAUCAACCCCCAGACAGGCGAAGAACGCAGCCUUUCAAUUGCUAGCGCCUCCGAGGCACUUAAUAUCAGCGAAUCUACGUUGGAGAGAUGGAUCAAUGAGAAAACAAAGAUCACAUCUAUGAGACACGGAAAUCCCAGAGAUGAUGGCAAAAGAUAUAUAUCUGCCCCUGUGUCUGAGCGUUUCCAACCUGGAAAUUACCCUUUUCUCAGACUAACACCUGAGCAACACUUUGCAAAGAAAUACGUAAAGGGAAAAGAUUCCUACAAGUUACACCCAAUUACCCAUCCGGUACCGUUCAUAAGCAUCGAAGGAGGGCGUCGAGGUAAAAUUGAGAGCUUUGCAGAAGCCUAUAAAUUUCUCGGACACGCGGAGGACACUUUGCAUCCUGGACACCCUCGCGAACCUGGUUCAGAUUCGGAGAUACAGUCCGAAGCUGCUGCACCUUGUCUCGAAAGCUCACCAGACAAUGCCCUAAGAAAUGAGAAACAAACGGCACAAAAGGUUAAUUCUUUAUUAUACCAUCUUGCGCCCGAUUACAGUCUCCGACAACUUGGUCUUGGACGGUGCACACCCUGUUACGAACAACUGGGAGCAUGUGUCAGUCUUGUAUGCAAGUAUUUGAUCGCCGCCAGCGACAAGAUUGAAUCUGCCAUUCCGGUUCGAAUCGGGUUCGACUACAAUGAGCCCUUUGAAGGAGCACCUACACAUUGGGCCAUAAAACUGCUACUAAGGAUAGGAGCCGAAAUUUUGUUACCUCUGUCGCUCUGCCUGAGAGGUUCAAUCAAGCAUGAAGUACUCCCAGACACACUCCUGCUGCAAGGUUGGACGAUAGAUUAUGAGAUGCUGAAGUGCAAGACGCGAAAACGACGAAGGAAUGAAGCACGAGAGAACGCAAUCAGGUACUCCCAGGAGUUCUACCGCAAAUCUCAGCCUAUUUUUGAAAAAUGUAGGCUGAGCCCGGUGCUGUAUAUUGAAGACGUCGAGAUGCUAUUCUUGAGGUCACAAUCAUGGAGACCUCGUCGCUUCUCCCCAACAUGGACGCUCUAUAGCGGUAUCCUGCAUUCUAGUUAUCGUUCAGGAGACACCUUGACUUCGAUAUACGGGAAAUACACAGACAUAGAAUCGUUUGUUGAUUCGAUUGUUACAAAGGUGCCACAAGUGUCUUUCUCCGCCCCAGCAGUGCAGGCUUUCCAGCUCGUUUCACUCGAUCACUUCUGUCUCUUUCCCCAGGUUUCUGAAGAUGCAGUCCUCUCUCAGCUCUCUAAACAUCUAGAAGUUUCUGAUACACGUCCAGGCAAGGAACUCAAGUUAGACUUUAUCGAAGAGACGCUCAAACAAGAUGCUCAUACCACCCGCGAACGGGAGUUUCGCAAUAAACUCGUGCAUGCAUUGAAACUUAGUGCUCGAAAGAGUCUAGAACACAUCAACAGCGCGAGAAGAUGUCUCUACUAUACUUGCCCAGAGCCACAAGAGGUUCCAGUAUCCUACUACUGCCGUCACCAUUCUGGGUCGCUUAUCAACUACGUGAUGAAUCCCGCCGAGCCGAUAAAUCCGCCAGCAUAUCUAAAGCAAGAACAAGAGAUAAAUAUCACAAAUCAGACUCGUGACAUAUUACGGCAACUGAAAGUACUAUAUGGGCGGCCUGAAAAGACUUGGAUCCUGGAUUUCGAGUACGUAUCUAUGCCGCGAAGGUAUUCGCCCAUUCCACUGCAGCUUGCAAUCAGACAGCUGGACGGGAAGCUGUUAUAUCAAGGGAAUAUCGAUUACGGGCUGUCCAUGAGAGAAUUUAUGGAUGCAACAUCCUCGUACGUAUCUGACAAGCAUGGGAUGAUGGGAACUCUUUUCCUAAGGUGCUAUGGUGGACUCAGUACCAACGGAGAGACGUCACUCCAGGUUAGAGACCAAAUCAUCAAAGUCUAUAGUUACAACCCAGAUGAGAUUAGGAUAUUAUCAUGGUUCGCUGCCCAAGAUAUGCAGUGUUUCCUCAAGAUUUUAACUGGGAGUGAUGAGUUGGUCCAGGACAAGAUCUCCCACAAAGGCCACGAGAACUUCCAAACCAUCAACAUCGGAAACCUUUGUGGAAAACUGUUCCCUGGUCUCCUCUCAACAAUUCUUCAGUCAGUUCACGAAUUUUUGAUCGGAGGAGAGGGAUCUCGUGGAAAAUACCAUACUGCCUCAUAUGACACCGAGGCAAUGGCGACAAUAAUCAAAGCUCUUGUACAGUUGGCAUAA